GGACGCCUAGGGGACGCCUAGGGGACGCCUAGGGGGCGCCCCCGGCCGGGUCUCCCGGGGCCCGAAAACGCUGGAACAGAAAUGACGGAGAUGACGAAAGAGCUGACGCCACGCCGCCUACCCGGCCUCGGCCACCGAUAGCGCCCGCGCGGGUCGCCUGGGCACUCGCGGUCGCGAGGCUCCAGCCGGGCACACCCCGUUCUGCGCCGUCGCGCCCUGCCCCCUGCUGCGCCCGGCUACCCGUCGCGCACACUGCGCCUCUCGCCCUGCCCUUCCCGCGCCUCGCCGCUCAGCCAGUCCAGGCCUCUGCGAACAUGGCGCUUGUCCCCUGUCAGGUGCUGCGGGUGGCGAUCCUGCUGUCCUACUGCUCCAUCCUGUGCAACUACAAGGCCAUCGAAAUGCCCUCGCACCAGACCUACGGAGGGAGCUGGAAAUUCCUGACGUUCAUAGAUCUGGUAAUCCAGGCUGUCUUUUUUGGCAUCUGCGUGCUGACUGACCUUUCUAGUCUUCUGACUAGAGGAAGUGGGAACCAAGAACAGGAGAGACAGCUCAGGAAGCUCAUCUCUCUUCGGGACUGGAUGUUAGCUGUGUUGGCCUUUCCUGUUGGGAUUUUCGUGGUAGCGGUGUUCUGGAUCAUUUAUGCCUAUGACAGAGAGAUGAUUUACCCGAAGUUACUUGAUAAUUUUAUCCCAGGGUGGCUGAACCACGGAAUGCACACGACGGUUUUGCCCUUUAUAUUGAUCGAGAUGAGGACAUCACACCAUGCCUAUCCCAGCAGGAGCAGCGGCCUCACCGCCAUAUGUAUCUUCUCGGUUGGCUAUAUAUUAUGGGUGUGUUGGAUACAUCACGUAACCGGGAUGUGGGUGUACCCGUUCCUGGAACACAUUAGCCCAGGAGCCAGAAUCACCUUCUUUGCAUUUACAACCAUCUUGAUGAACCUUUUGUACCUUCUGGGAGAAGUUCUGAACAGCUAUAUCUGGGAUACACAGAAAAGUAUGGAAGAAGAGAAAGAGAAGCCUAAACAGGAAUGAGAUCUAAGUCUACAUGAAAAAGCUGAAUUGAGCCGCCACUGUAGACUCAUUACCCCUGGGCGUUGGCGGUGCAGGGGAGGAAGCCUCAGAGGACUGGACCAAAUCCACCUCCACCUCCUGGCCCCAGAGGGAGGGCACCUUUUAUAGAGAAACACACUAUACCAGAAUAGAAUCCAGUUGUUUCCAAAAUAACUCCCCCUCAUUGUUUGUUAAAGGACUCUUUCCAAAUUCAUGAUUGAUGAUAACAUCUUUUUUUUCCUCUUCUGGAUUUUAAAACUAAAAUGGGUCAUUGGAUUUUAAUGUGUGCAAUGUAAUACCAUAAAGAAUAAAAUUCUAUUGUGUUUCUUGUUGAGCAAUUUGUGAAAACCAAAGGGGCAGAUAUGGAACAAGGCAUCCGUGCAUUUCCCCAGGUGGCUGGGAUAAGGAAUCUGGGCCACAGUGUGUAAGUCUGGAGGAAAUGCAGCGGAUGGUUCUUACUGCAAUAAUGUCACAGAUGCCUCAAACAGGCAAUAUUAGUAAAAAGUACGUCGAUUUAGUCAAAUCCCUGAGUGUUUUUGGAUCUAAUGGUUUAACCUUGUGGAACUUUUCCUAAAUGCAAACUGUAACUUUAAUAAAGACCAAGCAACCCUUGGUCUGAUAUCUGCAUGGCACACCUCACACCCUAACAACAUUGGUGUCUCCUUUCUGACUUUGUUUCUAUUACCUGUUGAAAAUGGGUUUACUGAACCUGGUUCUUAUAGUUUGAUGA